GGAGCCGGGCCGCUAUAUUACCACAGAUAGGGAAAACGAAACCACGUGACCACAGCGCCUUACGCCUCACAAGUUCACUCAGCAACCUGUCGCUCUCCAGCUGCUGGGGAACUACAAGUUUCAUGUUUCUAGCCCGGGACAGCAUUGUGUGUGUGACUACAUGACCAUGAGCCCUGGAGGAGGCCAGUCAUAUGUGUGACAGGAGCAGUGCCCAUGAGAACACUUCACCCAUGACCCUAGCCUUGAACGUGCGUGUAUCCGCCUCUUGUCCCCGGCGUGAUCCCUCCCUCUCUCCCUUCGUGUGAAGCUUGGCGGGCGGUGUUGGCGCGCUAGGCUUUGCGGUGUGUCGGCUAGUCUCCCAGCCUUCGCCUCGUUGUUCCCGGUGUCAUGGCGCAGAGCACCGCCGGCCCCCUCCCUACCGUUCAGGCAGGCCUGAGGGAGGCCCUGCUGGAGACGCUGAGCGGUAUCCUGUCCUCGGGACAUGAGGUGCGGGCGGCAGCGGAGGAGCAGCUGAAAGUGCUGGAAGUGACAGAGGAGUUUGGGGUACAUUUGGCUGAGCUGACAGUUGACCCACAAGGUGCUCUGGCCAUUAGACAGCUGGCAUCUGUGGUUUUGAAGCAGUAUGUUGAAAAUCAUUGGUGUGCCCAGUCAGAGAAGUUCAGAUUGCCCGAGACUACUGAAAGGGCAAAGGCUGCAAUCCGUUUGUUGCUUCCACGAGGUCUGCGGGAGUCAAUCAGCAAAGUACGUUCCAGUGUAGCAUAUGCUGUGUCUGCCAUAGCACACUGGGACUGGCCUGAAGCCUGGCCACAACUUUUUAAUUUGCUCAUGGAAAUGCUAGUGAGUGGUGAAGUCAGCGCUGUUCAUGGUGCUAUGAGAGUGCUGACGGAGUUCACUAGAGAAGUGACAGAUACACAGAUGCCCUUGGUUGCUCCAGUCAUCCUGCCAGAGAUGUACAAGAUCUUCACUAUGAGUGACGUUUAUAGCAUUCGGACUCGAGCCCGGGCUGUUGAGAUCUUCACCACAUGUGCACAUAUGAUCUGUACUAUGGAAGAACUAGAAAAGGGGGUAGCACAUGCUUUGAUCUUUCCUGUAGUGCAGCAAUUUACAGAGGCAUUUGUGCAGGCUCUGCAAUUGCCUGAUGGUCCUACCUCUGACAGUGGCUUAAAGAUGGAGGUGUUAAAGAUUCACCCUCUAUUUGUCCUAGUGACCAUGGUCACCAUGACAAAAAGUGAAGUUCUGGGAUUUGAGAACCUGGUGUUUAGUAUCUUUGAGUUUGUGCACACCUUGUUAGAGAACAAGUUUAAAGGGACGGUGAAAAAAGCUCUGCCAGAAUUGUUCUACUACAUUAUCCUCUACAUGCAAAUCACAGAAGAGCAGAUAAAGGUGUGGACUGCAAAUCCCCAGCAGUUUGUUGAAGAUGAAGAUGAUGACACGUUUUCUUACACUGUCCGCAUAGCUGCCCAGGAUCUUUUGCUGGCAGUAUCCAGUGAGUUUCAGAAUGAGAGUGCAGUUGCACUUGCUGCUGCUGCUACACGUCAUCUACAUGAGGCUGAACAGAUAAAGAGCCAAGGAGGAGAGCACUGGUGGAAGAUUCAUGAGGCCUGCAUGCUGGCCUUGGGCUCAGUGAAGUCUGUGAUUAUAGAUGGUGUUCAAAGUGGACGAGUUCAGUUUGACAUGCCUGGCUUCUUAACUGGUGUCAUUCUUGCAGACCUCAAUCUUUCAGUUUCUCCUUUUCUCCUGGGGCGCUCUCUUUGGGCUGCCAGUAGAUUUACAGCUGCAAUGUCACCAGAAUUGAUACAGCAGUUUCUUCAGGCCACAGUCAGUGGGCUGCAUGAUAACCAGCCACCCUCAGUAAGAAUUUCUGCCGUCCGAGCUAUCUGGGGAUACUGUGAUCAGCUGAAGAUCUCUGAAAGCACUCAUGUGCUGCAACCAUUCUUGCCCAGUGUGGUUGAUGGACUUAUCCACCUGGCAGCCCAGUUCACAUCGGAAGUUCUGAAUCUCGUAAUGGAAACACUCUGCAUUGUCUGCAGUGUGGAUCCAGUGUUUACAGCCAAUGCUGAAUCCAAAAUCUGUCCUUUCACAAUAGCAAUUUUCCUCAAGUAUAGCAAUGAUCCUGUUGUUGCUUCUUUGGCUCAAGACAUUUUUAAAGAGCUGGCUCAAAUAGAAGGAUGUCAGAGCGCCAUGCAAAUGAGGCUUAUUCCCACUUUGGUUAGCAUAAUGCAGGCCCCUUCUGAGAAGAUCCCAAGUGGUCUCUGUGCGACUUCAAUUGAUAUUUUGACCACAGUUGUGAGGAACACCAAGCCACCUCUGUCAGAGCUUCUUACCUGCCAGGCUUUUCCUGCUAUUGCUCAGUGUACCCUACGCACAGACGACAAUACCACCAUGCAGAAUGGUGGUGAAUGUCUACGAGCCUAUGUUUCUGUUGCGUUGGAGCAGAUUGCACAGUGGCACGAUGAACAGGGCCAUUCUGGUCUUUGGUAUGUUAUGCAAGUUGUCAGCCAGCUACUGGAUCCUCGCACAUCUGAAUUCACUGCAGCAUUUGUGGGGCGACUUGUCUCUACUCUAAUUUCUAAGGCUGGGCGUGAACUGGGGGAAAAUCUGGACCAAAUUCUGCGAGCUAUCCUUAGCAAGAUGCAGCAAGCUGAGACGCUUAGUGUCAUGCAGUCUUUGAUUAUGGUGUUUGCACAUCUUGCAAACUCUCAACUGGAGCCUUUGCUUGAGUUCCUUUGCAGUUUGCCUGGCCCAACAGGUAAACCGGCCCUAGAGUUUGUAAUGGCAGAAUGGAUGAGUCGACAACAUUUAUUUUAUGGCCAAUAUGAAGGUAAAGUCAGUUCAGUGGCUUUGUGCAAGAUACUCCAGUAUGGCAUUACAAUGGAUGACAAGAGACUACAAGAUAUUAAAGUAAAAGGAGAUGAAAUAUUUGAUAUGGAAGAAGGGAUCCGUACUAGAUCGAAAACAUCCAGAAAUCCUCAACGUUUUACAACCAUACCCCUACUGGUGAAGAUCUAUAAACUGAUAAUUAAUGAGCUGUCGAAUGUAAUUGAGGCUAAUGCUACAAGGCAGACUGAAGAGGAGUGGGCCCACGAUGAUGCAAAUGAUAUGUGGGAAGAUGAAGAUGAUGAAGAUGAAGGUUUGGCUGGGCAACUCUUAUCGGAUAUUAUUUCCAGCAAUAAAUAUGAUGAUGAUUAUUAUGAAGAUGAUGAGGAAGAUGACCCUGAUGUUCUCAAAGACCCUUUGUACCAAAUAGAUUUGCAGACGUACCUGACAGAAUUUCUGCAGCAGUUUGCCCAGCAGCCAUGUUUUUCUGCAUUCUCUGAACAUCUGAAUGCCAAUGAACGUCGAAUUCUUCAGUCAAUCGGCAUAUGAGAAGUCUGGACAAAAGUCUAUUGAAAGAAUUUGCUCUGUGAAGUUGCAGCCCAGCACCAGGAUUACGCUAUGACUUGAAAGCACUUGCUGGUUGUAUUUUUUGACAGACUGACCUCCAGUGAUGUUUGAAAAGGUCUGUUUUCCAUUGACAUUACUUGGGGCACAAUUUCACUCCAUUGCCAUUCAUCAGUAAUUGAUCAUGUUGGGACAUAGCGAGUGGUACCAAGUAUGACAGUGGGUUCGCUGUCGUAUGAAAAGCUGUUACGCAAUCUGCCGUGCAAACUAGACUGAUUUUACUCUUAACACAGAAAUGUGUCAGUCAUCAGCAUUUAGCUGUUUUGGUCGUAGUAUGUUAGUAUUCUAAUUCAUGUGGGUGAUAUCCCACUUUCCUUCCCCUCCCAUAUUCAGACCUUAAAAACACGGUGCCUUGUAUGGUGAUGCAGAGAGUAGUUAUGCACAAUUGUUCAGGGCCAAGUCAACCUCUGCAUUAUACUGCUGUAUCCUGGCCUUUUCCAUCAGGAAGCAAGACCGGGAAAGCACAAAUAGCAGAAUUAUCCAAGUUUAGCUGUAGUAUUCUAGCGCUGCUAAGUAACAUUAAAUGAUGCCUCAAAGGGCAUAUAGAUAAGAAAUCUGGGCGUAAAUGAGAGCUGUGUAAUCCUCAUCUUAAAGCCUGCUGAGGGAUGUGCAUUUGUGCUAGUAGGAUGUGUUUUGUAGGUACAAAUCUCUUCACCACUGCAUACAAUAUUCUGAACUGUAUUUGAGAGAACUUUUAGUCAAAGUUAAUGUAAAGACUAUGCUUAGACUUUGAAUUUAUUUUCAGCCUAAACCACCAGUGCUGAGAAAACACAUUCCUGAAGGAUUAUCUGGUCAGACCUGUUGUGCAAAGCUUUCAGAACUAUCAGGUUCAGAGAAAUGUACAAUCCAAAUGAAUGAAGCAACCAUUCAUGAAGUCUACUAAUCAUGUGAGAUACCCAAGCCUCAACUCUAACUCAACGUUUCACUUAUAACAUAGACAGUUUUGAAGACAUCUAGUGCGGUGUUUUUUUUUUUUUCCUUUUC